AUGGCUCAGGACCCCGGAUCCCUAGAGACGAGCGAGGCUCGCGGUCGAAUUCUCACUAUCACAAAACCCAAAAUCAAGAUCAAAAAAAAACCUACGGUCGUCAAAACUACCACGGUAACCACAACUCCAACUACCGCAGCGGCCCUUACCAAGGUGACCGGACUUUCCACCAAGAGAACUAUCGACUUGGGAACAACUACGGGCGAGCUCCUCCCUCAGGGCCUCGUUACCAACAAGGUCAGACCCAGGGCUAUAACUCAAGCCAUCGCCCUGGUUCACGACUCCAGCCGCCGAUAUUGUGGUGGCCGCAGCCGUGACAACAAUCAAAACCAAUCGCUGCAACAGCAACAGCCAGUCCCGGUGACCUCGCGUUACCGCUCAUUUGACGAACCUGAUCUCUUCGACGAACCCAUCGAGCCUGUCGCUCCCAUUUUGGGCUCUGAUGGCAUGUACUACGAUGCCGAAGGUGACACCAUCAUCGAAGACGCACCCGAAGUCGACCUCGUCGCCAUCGUCACUCAAGGCACCGUCGAGAUGGCCAAGAUCACUCAAAGCCUUCUCGAGCAAAUUGCUGCCUUCGGUUGA